AUGCUCGGGUUUGAGUCGUUUUCUGAGUUCGUCGUCUAUGUCACCUUCAUCUUUUUUGGGAUGUCGGUGAUGAUGGUGACAAAUGCCAUUUACUCCAUACCAGCCUUCUUUACGGAAUACUACAAGUAUGCACAAGGCAGCUCGGACGCUCAAACAGAGAAUGAGAAUUUCUGGAACAACAUACUCACGUACUACAACGCCGCAGUGUUUAGUGCUCAGGUGCUUCUGGAAACUUUUAUGCUGACGAAUGUUGGAAGGCGAAUCCCCAUCCGGAUCCGGCUUAUCUUUGGCCUCACUAUUCCUCUUGUAGAACUUAUUGCGCUUAUACUUAUCACCGUGUGCCAUACCAGUGAAGCAGGCGCCAAAGCAACUAUUAUAAUUAUUGCUUUGGUUGGUGGUGUUUCCAAAACACUUUGCGACUCGAGUAAUGCGGCACUGGUAGGACCGUUUCCAACGAGGUUUUAUGGGGCUAUUGUGUGGGGUCUUGGUGUUUCCGGGCUCAUUACUUCCCUCAUGUCUAUCAUUAUUAAAGCUUCGAUGGAUGAUAGCUUCGAGAGCAUGUUAACUCAGUCGAGGAUAUACUUUGGUAUUGUCAUAUUUAUUCAGGUGAUCGCCUGUGUUCUUUUGGCUCUGCUAACGAAGAAUCCUUAUGCGAUAAAAUACGCCGCUGAGUUUAGGCAUGCUGCAGCGAAAGAGAGCGCAGUGGAAAGUAACGAACCUGUUCAAGAGACCAUUACAGACCAAGAAGCUAAUGCCGGAGAGGAGGGCGAACGGGUGGAGAAGUCAACUUCCAAGAUGAAUGUCCUGAACGUCAGCGAAGAUCCGGACAAGAUGAAGGAUACCGAUCAGGUUGAUGGCACCACCAACGCACAACAAAUGCUCGAUGCUAAUUUGUGGUUUGUGGUGAAGCGCAUUUGGCCCAUGUUGGUCUCGUGUUUCUUCGUAUUUUUUGCUACCCUCCUCGUCUUCCCCGGUGUAUUUUUCGCCGUUGAAGUGAAAGAUGGAUGGUACAUAACUCUCACCGCCGCUAUGUUUAACUUCGGUGACUUUCUCUCCCGCCUCGUACUUCAGUUCAAGCAGCUGCGCCCAUCGCCCAUCGUGGUCCUUAUCGGAACGUUCGCUCGUUUGUUGAUCAUUCCACUGCUUGUGUUGUGCGUGCGCGGCAUCAUUCCCGGUUCCGCACUCCCUUAUAUUCUUUGUCUUCUUUGGGGUCUCACAAAUGGUUAUUUUGGUGGUAUGUCUAUGAUUUAUGCGCCACGUACCGGCUCUUUAACAACUGCGGGUCAACGCUCCCUUGCCGCCAUUUGUGGGAAUUUGGCCCUUUUACUCGGCCUCUUUGCCGGCUCCAUGUUGGCUUUGGCGGUUAUGACGGCUCUUCCAGAAUCAUAA